AUGGAUGUGCAAUUUUGGAUUGAUAAAGUCUUAGGACUAGAUUUGGAGGUUUUCCAUUUUUUGUCCUAUAAUUUGUUUUUCUUUGGCAUUGUAGUUGUCAUUAGUUUACAAUUUCUAAGUACACCGUACGGUAGAUAUGCGCGUGGUGGUUGGGGAGUGGAAGUGAACGCUAACUUGGCUUGGUUUAUUCAGGAGAUACCUGCCUUCCUUGUGCCGAUAUUACUGGUAUACUAUGUAGAAUGUCCAAAACUAGCACAUACUCCCAACAAAAUUCUUCUGGGAUUAUUCUUGUUUCAUUAUUUUCAAAGAUCGAUAAUUUACCCUCUCCUCAUCAGGGGCGGUAAGCCGACCCCACUCAUUCCCUUCGUUCUCGCUUUUGUAUUCUGUGUGUGUAAUGGCUAUCUCCAGGCCGGAUACAUCAUCAAAUAUGCAGACUUUGGCAGUAAAUGGAUGUGGAAUUUGAGAUUUUAUUUAGGGGUCUGUCUGUUUUUUAUGGGUAUGUUUACGAAUCUUCAAGCUGACCACAUUCUCAGAAACCUAAGAAAACCAGGAGAGACUGGUUAUAAGAUUCCAAGAGGUGGGAUGUUUGAAUACGUUUCCGGCGCCAAUUUUUUCGGUGAGAUUUUGGAGUGGUUUGGAUUCGCUGUGGCCAAUGGCAGUAUUUCCGCCUUUUCCUUCUUCUUCUUCACUUUAUGCAAUAUAGGACCACGUGCUUGUCAUCACCACCAGUGGUACAAACAGAAAUUUGAAGACUAUCCUCCAGAAAGAAAAGCCUUGAUUCCAUUCAUUCUAUGAAGAAACCACAAGAUCUUAAUCACGUCUUGCUUGAAUAUAGAAAAAUACAAAAUCAGCUACAGUAGGAGGAAAAUAAGGUGCCAAUUUCCUGAUGUACAACAGGAUUGGGUCUAAAUUAAUAAAAAA